AUGAAACAAAUUAUGAUCAAUUUCUCAGAACUCACUGAUGAUGCCAAAAAAAAAUAUAUUACUUUUCUAGCUGAAAGCAAUAUAAGUAUAGAAAAACAAUCAAUUAAGAAACCUACAAUGCCAUAAUAACAUCGAGCCAGAUAAUAUAGUGCUAAUACUGAUAUUGCAAAUUUUAAGUCAUAUACUCCUAUAAGUAAAUUGUUAUUGAAUAUUCUAAAAUAGAGUCUAAAACUUAUAUUUAAUCUCAUUUAAAGACAGAUCAUUCAAUUGGUACUAAAUUUAGUGAUCUUAAUGAUUCAUAUCCAACUAUCAUGAAUUAAAUAUCCAAUUAAGAUUUACUUUCAAGACCACUCAAAUUCAAUUUUAAUGAGCUUUCACUUAUAAUAGAAGAAAUAUACUAAAGAAAAUUCAUUGAUGAUACAAAUUAAUUUACUAAAUACUAAAAUGUUUGUGACAUAUCAUUUGCAGAUUAUGUCUAUAAUUUUUUAUAUCAGAAAUUCAAACAUUCAAAAAAUCAAGUAUUACUCUUACUUAUCAUUUAGUAAAUCAUUAAUUUUCUUGCAUCAGUCGAUUUGCAUUCUCUUAAAAAAAAAGACAUAAGUAUUUUCUAAUCAUUCUUAAAAUAACAAACAUAAGAAGUUUUGACCUUCUAUUUAUUUACAAGAGCAGUUAUCUAAAAAGAACUUAAUCUAUCUUUUUAUCAUCGUAUUAUUUAAAUUUAAAUUUCUAAUAGCACUUCGCAAAUAAUGUAUUGAUAAUGAGAAGUUAUAAUUAAAUUAAAAAUAAGUGUAAAAAAUCUCAGAACUUCUUUUUAAUUGUGAUGAUAAGUAUUAGGAAUUCAAAAAGUAUUUUAAGGGUAAUACUAUAUCAGUAUGUGAUUUUACUUCUGCUGCAUUACAUAUUUAUGAAAUACAACAUUAAACACAUAAAUAAAAGCCAUUUUAAUAUUAAAUUAAAUAUCAUCCUCAACCAUAAUUCACAAAUACUACUAAUAAUUUUGAUGAAUAUUAAGUGGACUCACCAUUAUUUGCAUAAUCUGAAAUAACAACAGAUCAAUAAUAAGAAAAAUAUUUUGCAUCAACUGGUCAAAGUUAAUAGAAUAGCAAUUAAAAAUAAUAAGAUAUAGAAGUUUAAUUUAAAUUUAAAAAAAGAAAUGAAAACUUUAAUUUUGUUUAAUAAAGUAUUAAUGAGAAAUUAGAAAUCAAAUUAUCAAGAUUUAUAUAAGAUUUACUUGAAGAAAUGGGUGAAUUAAAUUUUGAAUAAAAAAUAUAAAAUUUAGAAGAAUUGUAGAAUAGUAUAGAUGGAAUUAUGACAACUCUUUUAGAUGCUAUAUAUAAAUUUGAUAAAUUAUUAUGGUACUCUUAAUAAUUUUUAUGAAGGUUUAAAAGAUUGAAUAAAUAACCAGAUGAUAUAGGAUUAGAAUAUAUUGAAAAUCUUUAAAAAAUAUAUAGAAGUUUAAGCAAAACCAAAUAACCUUUAAAUGAAGAUCUAGAUAAAUUCUGUUCCUAAUUAAUGCAAGUAUUAGUUAUUUAAUAAAUAAAGACACCAGAAUUAGCUAAAUAGAUAGAAAGUGAAUUACCUUGGUUGGGAGAAUGA